CCUGCUCUGCUUCUAGCGCUCUUCAAUCAGUUCGCCCACGAGGCUCGCGAACGCAACUUCGUCUGUGGGCUUCUUGGUUGCGCUUCUGUUUUACUUCUGUUCAUGACUUGGAUCUCUUGUCCCUGUUAUCUUGAUAAAAUCAUAAACAGUUUAGGGCGCGUGACAGUGACAGUGUUGUCUGUCGGAGAAAUUUGUGCGACGUGGAAUUUUACAGACAGAAUGAUCGUCGGGGUAGACGUAAGAAAAGGAUGCCAAGGUGGAUCCUUGUAUCGUUAAGGAUCGGUCCAAGGAUCCGAAAAGGAUAGAAGAUACGACAAAUUGAACGUCGCUGUUGAGAAUUCGUGAAAAUGUUUGUAAAGAUUAUACAGUGGUUGGUGGUUAAUAUCCACUCGAGAAGAUCUUGCGAGGAGAAUCCACCCUUCCAGGAAUAUCAGUAAAGGUCACGAGGCACACGAACUCUGGGACGUAAUUAGGACGUCUGGAAGUCAUCGAAGAAGUUUCAGGGAGUCCGAAGGAUAGGAAGAGAAAAAGAAAAUAAUCAGUGGCAGGAGUAAUACACGUAAGAGAAAGAGAAAUUAUCAAGAUGUUAUUCGAAGGAAAAAAAGUGAUUCCGAGCUAAUCUGUCCGACGGGAGGCGUUUCGACGUCUAGUUAAAAUAGCGAGACGCAAAAGAGAACCCAGAACGACCGUUAAGCUGUGGCGCACCUAAAAUAAUUGCGAUUAAUCCGGGACACGCUGGUUGUACUUAAUUAAUUAACCAGUGCCACCUAUAACUAAAAGCUUCACCCUCGGACCUUCAACCAACGGUUACGUACGGUCUCGACGCACCAAUAACGUCUGGCCAACUGCUCUUGGUCUUUUCAAACGUAAGGACGCUGCUAGUCGGAAAUAAUUGAAUGAGAAUGAGGUGGCUGUGGAUGUGCAUCGCGAUCGCUGUGGCAUUGCCAGCUGCAGCCCCAUGGAAAACGGAUCGUAGUAAGCCCAUGCCAAGAUUGUAUGGCGACAGGAUUCCCACUAGAGUCCUAGCGCCGGGCAACAAAAAGGUCCAGCGGAAGAUCGUCCUUUAUCACAACUUCUUUAGGACUCACGUGAAUCCUCCGGCGGCCAACAUGCUGGCCAUGAAAUGGCACAAUGGGGCCGCCAAGGCAGCACAAAGGUGGGCCGAGGCCUGUUACGCUCUGACCCAUGAUAAUGCAACAGGACUCCAUAUCGAUGCCUUUGGGAGCUGCGGACAAAAUAUCUUUAUAUCCACAGCCCAAGUACCCUGGUUCUUCGCAAUAAAGACCUGGUUUCUCGAGCAUCAGAUCUUCAAAUAUGGACCAAAGGCUAAGAAUGACCUGAGUAAGGUCGGACAUUAUACUCAGAUGGUAUGGGCACCUACCCAUCGUGUCGGAUGCGGUUGGGCUAAAUGUCCUGGUACCAGAGGACCACGUGGGCGACCUUACUUCAGUUAUGUUUGCAAUUAUUGUCCCUCUGGAAACCACCUCGAGAGACUCGGCAUCCCCUACGUAGCUGGUAAACCCUGUAGCGGCUGCAAGGAUCAUUGUCGGCUUGGUAAACUCUGCAAGAACGCCUGUCCCUGGGCAGAUCUCUGGGCAAACUGUCGUCAGCUGUAUGAGACGUGGCCGACAUGGCUAUGCGAUAGUGACACGCAGCAGGGUCGUGAGCGACGGCAAUUCUGUCGCGCAACUUGUAAAUGUCGCGACAGGAUUGUUUGAGGAGUUGACACUCCCUGAAGUCACUUAUGGGAGGAGACAAGAAGGCACUGUCUACUCUGCUAACGUAUAUGGGAUUCCCAUCAUUUUGGAAGGACCAGGAAGAUGUCAUCGAACGAACGGGAUUCAUUGGGACGCGUCUGGACUUAUUUUCUUCCUUUUUCUUUUUUAUAUCCCUACGUCAGGGCUCGUAUUUAUGCAUGCUGUGUAUAUAAUUAAGUAAUUAAGUGUAAAAUCGAGUGUAGACCUUACCUAUGCGUUAAUCAUAUGUGAAUACGCGACUCACCCUCAGGAUGAUCAUUGUGUUCCUCCUUCGCGUCUCUGUAUGUCCCUGCUAAGGAUAACCUAUGUCGUAGGAGAUACGUACUGGCUAAAUAGAGUGACAUAUGUAUCUUGGGUAUCUAUGGUACGUAUGUGACGUAUCCCCAUGUGUGUCAGGAUGUCCUAAACAUUUACUGUGUAAAUUCAUAUAAGCACUGGAGAACGUCUCGACGAUUCCUUUCACUUGGAUAUCACCUGAUGAGUCGUUUACAUUUGGGAAACGGAUGCUUACGAUGUGAUCAGUCAGUGACAGGAGGGAUGGAUGUUAAAGGUGGAUGGAUAUUUGGAGAAUUUUCGUAACAGGAUACCCAGGGAUCGUUGAGAGUAUCCAAAGCGUGAAAGAAAGAGAAAAAAAAAACAUAUUUAUUCGUUAGUCACUAGAAUUCUCAAUUAAGACUCCUAGUCCUAAGAGAUCCUAGAACUCUAUGGUCAUCUGAAUAAAUAAUUGCAAGUCAACGUA